CUGGUGUAGUAGUGUUGGUGAUAGUGACAAAUCUCCGGCCCCGGCCGCUGUUUUGUCUGCGUGACUCCGUAUUAUUUCCGGAAGAAAUUAAUUCACGUUUGGAAAAAGCUUUGCAUCUGCAUGGAGUUAUUUGACAAACAAAUAAAGAAUGUUCAAGCUUGAGUCAUACAUCACUCCAAUACUACUCAGCUAUGUCGACAAGUACAUUAAGAACUUUAAACCAGAGGAUUCGCAGCUAUCCCUAUGGGGUGGAGAAGUAUCUCUUCACAACUUGGACCUCAGACUUGAAGUACUUGAGGAAGAAUUACAAUUGCCGUUCACAUUUGUCAGUGGACAUAUCCAUGAAUUGAUAAUUCAUGUUCCAUGGACAAAGCUGUACUCUGAACCAAUAUGUAUUACCAUUAAUACUAUAGAAUGUAUUUUGAAAUUACGUGGAGACGAUUCAAGCAGCACAGAUGGAGGAGGAAGCUCUGGGGGAGGCAAAGAGAGGAGGAGACGUCCUAACAGGCCUACUGACGCGGUUGCUCCACCUGGAUAUGUUCAAACUAUGGUCAACAAAAUAGUCAGCAACAUCACAAUAAACUGCUGUAACCUAAUUGUAAAAUAUGUUGAAGAAGACAUAGUUAUGUCCAUGAAUGUUAAAAAUUUGACUUUUCAAUCAGCUAAUGAAAAAUGGGAACCUGAGUUCAGUGAUUUUUUAUCAUCUCAGUUAAUGUUUCGCAAAAUAAUAAAACUGUCAGAUGUUACUGUCUGUUUAGACAAGAGAAAUGCCUCUGGGAAAAUCGAUUCAUAUCAGGAACCUGUUCUAUAUCGUUGCUCAGUAGUAAUGAGAUGGUUAAGGUGUUAUAGUUCCACUUCUGCCAUUCGUGCUAAUAUUUCAAGGCUUGAUAUUCAUUGUAAUAAAAUGACUUUCAAUAUAAGUGAACUACAGGUGCCAAUGAUGAUGCGUUUGCUAUUUUUGGCUCGGGCUCUUCAAAACAGGGAAGUUGGCCAGCGCUCUUUUGAAACAGACUGCCUUAUAGAUGUAGAAGAGGGAGACGAGAAUCUUCCAGACAAUAUGCAACAAGACUCUUGGACUGGAUGGGCCUGGAAUUUAGUGCCUGCUCUUCCAAGCUGGAGUGAAGAUUGGACAGGAGAUGAAUCUGAGGACAGAGGAUUCACAUUUCAUUUUGGAAUAUACAUUGAUAACCUUGCUUUCAACUUGAGGGUUGGAGACAGUGGUUCUAAUGAUGGGAGUUCCUGGAAAAAUAAAGCUGAGCCAUUCCUUACAUUGUCCUUGCGAGGAUGCUUACUUGACUACAUCUGUCAUGACAAUCUGUGGGUCAACAGUCAACUUGGGAUUAGUUGCAUUCAACUUGAACCAGUAGGGGCUUGUAGUUGUGGUAUGAAUGAGUCAGCAGCAGACAAGAGUGGGCUCUUUUUUGAAAGUGGCUCUUAUCAAGAUAAUUAUUUAUCCGAAUCCCUUUUUUCAUCUACUGCCACUGAAAACUGUGGGGAAAAGCGUCGGUAUAAUUUCUCUUGGGAUAUUCAUCAAAAUGUUCACUCAGAAUCCAGCCUUCUUGAAAGAACUCCUGCACUAGCUAUUGACUAUUUGUACAUGGCUGAAUUGACAGAGAAGUGCAGUGCUGAAAGAUUUCUUGAAAUGAAUGGUGACUUAGAAUACAGCGACCUACCAGAAAGUUCUUUGUGCCGCACUGUGCUUGGUCCCUUUGUUUUACGAGUAAACUCUGGAUUACUACAUCGCUGUGAAAAAGUACAAAAGGCAGCAGCAUUAUAUGAUUAUCAACCAUACUCAACACCUCCACCAGAGGACCGUCGUGAGAAUCUUCCUGCUGUCACCACUGAAGAAUAUGACAGCCUUGAAGAAAACAUCCCUCUGCGAACCUUCCAGUAUACAUUAUUCCAACCAAAAGUGGAGUUUUAUGUGGCAGAUCAUCCCAGUAUUCCUUCCACAAAUAAAAGAAAAAUUUCAGUUACCAAAUCAGAGAUUUCUGAUAGACACAAGCAUUCAAAUUUUUCCAUUGAAUGUCAGUGUUUGGACACCCGUUUCAUAUCCCCUAUGUAUCCUCGUCGCCUAGUGCGAUCUGCUUGCCUUCUGCCAACACUUCCCCAGCACAUGUUUCAUGCAUGCCACUCACAUAUUAUUGGACGUAUUCUUGGACUGUCAGGCCAACUUAAUAUAUCAGCAGAGCUGGAGAACAAAGCUUUUUCAAUCAACAAUAUGUUAUAUAAACGCAAAGAACUCUUCUUUACUCAUUUAUGGGAAGGGAACGAUCUUUUGCAUGAGGAGUGUUCCAUAGAAGCUGAGAAAUCAUCAAUAUCCGCUACAAAAUCUCAAAUCUUACUGGUCUAUCAAAUUGUAUCGUCACUUUGGCAAAACAAGGUGCCAACCUCACUUGUGACUGAUGCCUCUACAUCCGAAGGUGGUAUACUUGAAUUGGUUUGGAAAAAUAUUAACUGGCAGAAGGGACUGACAAAUCUUACUAGAUGUGACUCUAUGUCAGUAGAAAACUUUUCAGCUGAUUUACUUAUUGCUCCAAGCCCUAAUUAUCAAAGAAUAGGUGAAGUAAAGGUUCCAGUAUUUUCAUCUGAAGAUGAUACCAAAACAUUCAUAGAAGCUUGUAUACAGUGGCCUAAACAAAUAACACGACCCUCACAUGCUCCACUAUUUAUUUUGAACAUCCAAGAGGCUGUAUGCAAUAUGAACCCAAUUCUGUACACAUGGUUGUUGUACUGUCCCAGCACUACUCCUCUAGUAAAUUCUAGCAACCAUUCAGCAAUGAAGAUUGUAGCCACAGACACCAACACUCAAAGUGCACGCAGUGGACACAGAAAAAUCUCAGAUGUCAGUGGUAGUCACAUGUCAUGCGAAAGAACUCGCCGCUCACAGACUCCUUUGUCAGUCCAUAGCAGCGAUAAAGAUCGAGAAACUGUUCCACCCCCUUUAGUUUCUCAACUUUCUGGAUUAAGUGUUGAUGACAAGACACUACCGCUUGCAGAGAAAACAUGGCAAUUAUCAAAAUGGCUAGUGCAGUGGUUUCCUGUUUGGCAAGGACUUGUUGUCAGUGUUAACAUUGCCCAUUGGAAAAUUAAUUUUCCAGUUCUAUCGCUUACAAAAUCAGAUAUUGCUACGUCUGAUACAGCAACUCUCUCAGCAGACAAAGUUAGCGUAGCAUUGCCCAUGGUGCAAAUUGACAGUGCUACACCAUCGCACAAACAUAAUCAGUUCCAGUUUCCUUCAAAGCUGCCAAUCAACCUACCUCCUUCAGCAUGGAUGGAAGGGGGCUCAAAUUUCCCAUGGAAUGUAAGCCUAUCUGACCUAUCUGUGUGGACUACAUGCAAUGAACAUAGUCAAUACCUCUUGAAGCCUGUGACAACAAAGUGCACGGCUGGAAUUUCCACUCGCUUUGCCAAUGGAGACAAAGACUGUAUUACUUCCCUUGGUUUGUGCAUACACAAUGACACAGGCGCUCUUCAUAUCACUGUGAAUCAGAAGCAGGCAAAAAUACUGAGCAAUGUGCUGCUCAGUGUCACAGCUGUAUUAAGUUCUCUGAUCAAACAACACCUACAAACGGUUGCCACUGGAUCAAACCUUGGCCCUGCUGCUCCCCCAAGCCCAACAACCAUAAGUGAAUCUGCCAGUGUCAGUGAGUCAAGAAAUUUAAUGAAAAAUACCUUGUGUGAGCCAUUUCCUGUUCAAGAAGAGGAUGUAAAACUGAGUAUUUGGUUGCAAUGGACCUUAGCCCGUUUGUCCAUGAGUUUUUAUCUGCAGAAUGAAAAUUCAGAACCAGGACAGAAACGUACCAAACUGGCCCUUGAAGUUGAGGAUUUAAUCACAUCUCUUGAUCUUCAGCAGAUUUAUUCAAAACUUAAAUUUAAAGUUGCUAGUGCAAAUGUCCAUCAUUACAUAAGGACUAAUGAUGAUAAACUGUGGCAACCUUCACCGUUCAAUGGACUUGUAAUGUGUGGACAUGAGGAAAUCGCACCCCCCUCUAGUAUACAAGUGCCAACUGAUGAAGGUUGUGGUCUGCUAACAGCUACACUGACACGUGCUAAAUGUCGAAGUGUUCAUAGUCGUUGGGGUGCACCAACAACCAAUAGUUCUUCCAAACGAUACUCAGAAAUAAAGGUUACAGAUACCUCUGAACCUCCUGCAGCUUGUUUCAUCACAGAGAUUUUAGUGAAGUUACAACCACUUGACUUUGUGGUGUGUGUGGAAACUUUAGCUGAGCUGAGUACCAUUCUUCAUCCCUUCACCAUUCUCUUUGAAAGAUCUAGCCCAAAUUCUUCUCACAACAUUAAAAUUUCAACUGGAAAUUCUCCUGGGAUACCAAGUAUUACAAGUGCAUCCCUCCCACUUGUGUAUUUGGAUUUCCAAGCUGUCCGUGUUUUAAUGCCUACAAAUAAAAAUUUUGGUUUCCAUGAUACUGUUAUUGUUCAGGUCGAUUCAGUUACUCUCCUUCCCCAUGCUGAAAAUACUCUAUCCCGACCUCCCAUACGUCCUGAUGUUUUCCACAUGGCAGAGCAAGCUCGGAUUUUGUCGAUUCCUGGUUCUGAAGUUGAGGAUCGACAAUAUGAAUUGAAUAUUUGUGGUCUGGCUUUGAGUAGUGGGCAGUGGGAAAAUAUACAGAGAUGUCGAAAAUUACCAAACAAUUCACCCGCUUCAAGUUUGCGUACAAUGAGUGAAAACCCUGCUCUUGUGUGGAACAAUUUGGGUUCUAAUACUCAAGGUGAUGCAUCAGAGAUUGUUGGCAGUCCUAAGCCUCAUUUGAUGCCUGUCUUAGCACCAUUAAAAAUUUGUAUAGUAGGAGCACCUGCCAUUGUCUAUCGCAAGAAGGUUUUAGUCUGCGGUCACGCCCUAGAGAUUAAUGCUGUAUCAGAUAUUGAUGUCAAACUUACAACAAACCAAAUGAGCUUGAUUAUAAAUCUCUUUUCUGAUGUACAAACGGUCUUGCUGAAUUUCUUAUCCAAAUCUGAUGGAUCAAAGCCACUGAAGCCAUCGUUUGUUCUGGAACUUGCUGAGAAGCAAUAUCAGUCAAGUGUUCAUGCAAUGUCAGAGACAGUAGUCUCAGAGCACAUGCACUUUGACAGUGGCAUUGAUACAGCUGAUAUGUCUAGCAUUGAUACUCCGCACAGUUCAAGAAUAAGAGGUUCACGCCGUGUGUCCCGGUUACCUCGUUAUUUAGAAAGUGUACAUGGACCUUCAAUACACUCUGCUUCUUCCUCUCUCUCAUGGGUUCAUAAAACCGAAAGGGAUGGUUUUGCAUCAAAAGUAAUAACUGAACAACCCAUUGACUUCUUUGCUGGGUCGAGGUCUAGCCUUCACAAAGAAAAGAGUUUGCUUUCUCCUGAAACAUUACCUGGUAGGGAUAGACACAUGGAAACUCCAUUCGAUUUUCUAAUCACUGGAGCUAAAAUAUCAUUAAUGUGCUAUGAAGAUGUCAAGGAGGGUGGUUGUUUGAAUGACAACAAAUGCAAGCAGAGGCCCUUGCUCUAUGUUUUUAUCUCGCAACCUCACAUGUUUUACUCUUAUAUAAGUCGGAGCUGUUCUGUUCAAACAUCCUUUUACAGUGCUGUGGUUAAUUUGGGCUCACCACAAACUAUAAAAGACUAUAAACCAAGUUUCAGCGAGAAAGAUUUUCCAGUAGCCUUAUUUGAAAGCCGCAAAGGUGAACCAAAUCCCAAGACUGGAGUUCCUCCCACUCUAUUUAAAACACAAUCAACUUUCACUCCAGCCAAACCAGCUCAGUUGUCUGUUGAAUUAUCACGCCCUGCUAAAUUAAUUCUAAGCACAUCCAACCUCCAGUUUAUCAGCUAUGUCAUAAACAUUGCCUCUGCCUGCUUUACCCAGUCCAAAAAAGCACAUUCCUGUCCUGUUGAACAGGUCCACUCCAAGAAAGGUUUUCAACAAGCCCUUGAAAGUCUUUCUGGAAUAGGAGGGGUACAUUUUAAAUCCGUCCAGAUUGUUGUAGUUUUCCAGGAUGAAAAUGAAGAUCACAUUAACUCUGUCAUGGAGGUAAGUGUUGCUUCACUUGAUGGAGAGUUGAAGUGUACAAGUAGAACACGCUGGGGAUGCAAUGCAUCUGCUGUAGAACGUAUUGUUUGCCAUCUAAAUGUGAAAGGGCUAUGCUGUUCAUCCAGUCAUCGCCUUGCGAGACAGUUGUUACUGGAGCCCUGUAACAUGCAAUUUCGUCUAGAGCUAUUGUGGCCAGCAUGGUUGCCACGGUGUCUCCUUACUUCACUCCCUCAUACUCAACUUACUAUCCAGUCUGAAUAUUUUUCAAUGACAAUCAGUCCUGAGCAUUUACUGGCGCUAAAAAAUCUUUACAAUGCAUAUUUACCAUUCAUCCGAAGUCCUUCUAAUAUGAACCCGGCAGAUGUUUCAUCAUCCCUGCAUAUGUCUCCUAGCAUACCAGCUUCAGACACUCAUUCAAGUGAAACAGAUUUUGUGGAUACGGAACAACACUACACAGAUGAUCUUAGAGCUGGCGCAUUUCAGUUCAUGGAUGCUACAAAUACUUUGGAAAGAGAUCAAAUACCACUUCCUUAUCAGUGUGUUUUUUGGGAAAGCUCCCCUCCAGCUAUUGCAUGGAGAUAUCCUCAGCCUAGGUCUUUGACAAAUGUUCAUAUUUAUCCGGUUCCAUUCAAAAGUGCUCCAGACGCAGAAGUGGGCAGAGAAGAUGCUCCUGUUGUAGUUUGCUCUUUGCAAUAUUGGUCUGAGUGUAGAGGAGCUUAUCAGCAUUAUGCAAUGUUUCUUUUAUCAGAAACAAAUGAGAGCAAAGUUGAGCUACCUAUGAAACCUACUUCAGCUGUGUCUGCUGUGUGGCGUGUUUUAUUAGCAGGGACUCAGGACUUACAUGGACAUAGUCAACCAAUAUCAGAGACAGAAUCUGGUGAUUCAGUUAAUACAGAAGUGCCUGUUGUUUCUCCAAGGGCUCUUGCAGCUUGUAUGCGCAUUGACUCUUUCUUCAGUGCGUCAUUGGCUCCAAACUUCCAAGCAUGUUUCAACAUGACUCACAUUCAGAUUUCACUUAUGAACCAAUUGUUGGACUCUCAAGUGCAUCCCAUGCCUCAGGAGUUAGCAGAGUACUUGUGCGAUGGAAAUUUGCCUUAUGAUCACAGUUUUCUUUGGUGUUCCCUUAACCACUGUUCUUUGUUUUACUCUGCUUGGCCUGAAGGUCGAAAAAUUGCUGAGCUGAACACCCUUUGUCAACUUGAUGUCUUAGACUAUGGAAAUUUAUCCCCCAAAAAUGUUCUUGAGCCCUUUUUAUCGAAUUCAAGCCUUGCCCUAAAUGCUGAUGGUACAACUGAAGUUUCUAUUGUAAGUCGUCCCAUUGCAUUUAGAUUUGGUCCAGCAAUAACUCACAGUAUUGCUGCUUCUUUGAAAUUGUGGCAGCAAGAACUAGAUCCACAAAAUAGAGAACCAGUUCAAGUGAUCAUUUCACACUAUAUUUUGUGUAAUGACACUGUACUACCCAUUGUGCUUGGACAGGUUGAAACAGAUGAACAGAUAAUUUUGUCAAGUAGACAGUGUCAUUUAUAUUCUUGGAGGUCAUUAGCUAAAAAAACCUCCUUACACAUGUCUGUUAUUGACCCAAGCAUGCAAAAGCUUGGGAAAGAAGCGUGGAGUUCACCCUUUUCUAUUGAUUCAUUGGGUACACAAGUCUGUAAAAUAUCUAUUCAGUCUGACAGAGAAAUCAUAUUUUUUGUGGACAUUUCCACUUUGUCUGCAAAUCAAAAGAAGGUCACUUUGAGAGGUCAACUUCAAGUUCUACAUCAAGUAGAUCACUUGCUGGAUCUCAGGCUUGUGCGCCCUUCUUCAGACUGGUCAAUGGAAGCCUGUAGUUGUUUAGUACCACUUCAAUCAAACUGCAUUAAUCCUUCAUUGGUUUUGGACCGUAAUGCUGAUGAUUCACAACUUGCUAUAAGACUGCGUCUUCGUCAAUUUGAUGCAAGCUUAUGGACUGGAGAUAUUCCGCUCAGAGAAAACCCUAAAAGCCAUCAACCAUGGCUUGUAAAAGUGCCACUUCAAGAUAAGCAACAAUUCAUAUGUAUAUGGUGCCGGGUAAUUCGGGAAACUGUUAAAGGUCAAAGGAAAAUUUUGGUGAUGCUUAGUCCAAUGUAUGCUGUGCGAUCUUUCUUACCCACAUCCAUGCCAGCUGUCAUAUCAAAUUAUGAAAGUGAAGAAGGAAGAAUGUCCCUUGAAGUCAAGGGUCAAGGGGAAGUUACAUUUCUGCAUUUGCCUGGAGCUCUCAAAGAGAGCACUCACCAGUUAAGUCUUCGUAAUGCUGCAAAUAUGAAAGUUUUCCCAUUCGGGUUUUCAAAUAUCGAUCCUAAAAAAUUAUUCUUAAGUGUGGAUCAAGUUAAUAUUGAAAGCAUUUUGGAAUCAUCCAUGGAGAAGAACAAACAGGCUGCAUGGCCAUUACCAAAUGAUGAGUUAAAAUCUAUUCAGUGGAUUGGUGUUGAGAUUUCUAACUCAUAUGUACAGGCAAUGUACAGUCCUCUGUCUCCCUAUUCGGGCACCAUGUUAUUGGAACUACAGCCUUGGGCUUUGCUUGUCAACAUGCUAGAAUGUAGUGUAUGCAUAGAACAUUCGGGUGAAUUAAUUUUUUCUCUUCCACCCAGGGGUGUGGUUGCACCUCCAAAGCUUGAGGGUACUUUCCACCUGGGCCUGAAGUUCUCCAACUCAGACGAUUGGUAUUUGUCAGAGGCUUUGCAGCUUGUCCGUGCUGAUUGGGGUAAAAGCUUCUAUAUGCCCAGAAUAUCUGGUCUUGUCCCUGUAGAGGGUCAUGUACAAGUAUCAAUUAAGUGUGGACCAACAGCUGUGAGUCUUUUGACUCUGAGAUCACAGGUUAUUAAUGAGGUACGCAUUGUCAGCAUUUGUUCAAGUUUUGUUGUGAUAAAUUCAGCAACAAUCCCCUUGCAAGUAACACCUAUUGCUCUUCGAUACAAUGAUGUAAAGUCUCAAAUACCUGCUCCGAAAAAACAUUCUUCUGAAGUAAAGAAUGCAACCAUUAAUAUUUUACAAGACAGUAAACAUAGGGGGUAUCCUUUGGGGAGAUGGUUGCAUAUAAAAUCAUGUGAAAGUGAUAUUGUGCCUUAUAUUUGUGUGAGCACCGAAGAUGCAAAGGAACUUAGCUGUCCACUGCAUAUUUCUGGAGUUCCAUCCAGAAAAAGAUUUAUUGUUCCGUUGCCUCAAGAGAAAGGAAGGACAACUCAUUCUGCCCCUUCAUUCCACUCAUUAGUUUUGUCAGUAGUAGAAAAUAAUGGCCAGACAUUUGUGGAUAUUGCUGAUGAACCCCAUCCUGAAAUUAUUCUUCACAAUGGUUGUGAUUUCCGCAUUCUUUGUGCAGAAGCCUCACCUUUUGGGAAAUCAAAUACAGAUUUCAAAAUCUUGCCAGAUCUAGCACCUUGGGAUUGGUACUGUGCUGUGGAUCCUCAAUGUGAUGUCGGAUACAGCACCCACUCAGUAGAUAAUGUUUUUCCACAAAUAUCAUCCACACCUCCUAAUUCUUUUGUUGCCCUGGCUGCAGAUCUUGGGGCAAAAGACUUAAUUUUGUCGAUUGUUUGGUCACCUCCUGUUCAUAUAAAUGGAAAACAGGAGCAGUUCAUAAGCAUUCCUGGACAUGGGGAUGUUAAAGUGCAUACAUGGGUAGAAGGGUAUUCGACACACUUAUCCAUAGAGGCAGUGAGCCGUAUUGAAAUAUGUGCAAAGGACAUCCGUUCACGUCUGUCUGCUGUGCCAGAAAACCCUUCAUUUCAAAUUGAUGAAGAAGAAGUUGUUUCCUACCCCACCAAAGAUAUUGAUGUAUCAGCAUUCCAAGAUGAGGAGGGAAGCAUUGUGAGCACUUUAAUUAGUUCAGAUAAGAAACAACCUCCUGUGAAGUUAACUAUUUUCAUUCAGGCAUGCAGUUUAACUUUAAUGUCUCCAAUCUCUUUAACUGAAGAAAUUGAAAUUUCCACUCUAACACUGGAUAGUGUCUCAGUAACAUUUUGCCCAAUAAUCCCCUCAUCUUCGCAAACUUGUCUUUCAGAGUUGAUGCUGCAAGUAACCCUUGGAGAGUUUCAAUUUGAUAAUCAGCUCUUUGAGUAUGGUGGAUUUGAUUUUCCGGUUGUCUUGAUGGGCCAACAAGAUAAAGAUGAAAUUGGAAAAAAAAUAUCACUACCUGUGAGCUUAAGCUCCUCAGCAUCUCAACUAGUAAAUAAAUUUUCCCCACAUGCUCUUCUUGCUGUAAAUAUAACUUUGGAAUCAAAUGCUAACCGCCUAAUGCCAAAAUCAGUCCAUGUGUCUAUUGGCCCAAUAACAGCAUAUGUUGAAGACAGAUUUGUAAUGGAUUUGAGAAAACACAUUGCUGCUCUUUUGAGUCCUCUGCUUUUACUGUCAGUAAACAAUACAGAAUUUGAGUUAUCCAACCUUUGUUCACCUUCAGCUCCCUGGAUUUCUGUUCCUUUACCUGUAUCUAUAGAACUGCAAGUUCUUAAAUAUCCAUUGCGUUUGGAGUCUCUGACAUUAGACCCUGUUUGGUUGCUGCUCAGUGUUCAUUCCUGUAUGCGUCUCUACAUUGCUUUGGACCGUUCUCCUUUGCAGUUUACUCAAUUUUGUCGGCGUUCUGUUUUUACUACUUCAUAUAACUUAGGUCACACAUUGUCCAUGCACUACCUUUCUGGUGCUAUAUUUGGAGCAGGGUGGGUUGUUAGCUCUUUAGAACUCCUUGGGAGUCCUGGUGGUUUUGCCCGAACUUUGGGCACAGGCUUGCGGGAUUUUGUCAGUUUGCCUUAUCAUGGGAUUCUUGAAGGCCCUUGGGGCUUCCUCGUUGGUGUGACACAUGGUUCUGCUUCUCUCAUGAAACACUUUACUGCAGGAACCCUUACAUCUGUAACUAAAAUGGCAUCAAGUGUGGCCCGUAAUUUAGAUCGAUUGACACUAGAUGCAGAGCAUUUAGAGAGAACAGAGGAAUUGCGAAGGGUGCGACCUCAAGGAGUUGCAGAGGGCCUUUUGCAGGGUCUUACUGGUCUAGGAAUUAGUAUAUUAGGUGCUGUGGGAGGAUUGGCUCAUCACCCACUUCAAUCAGUAUUAUCUGGUCAACCCUCUCCUAGGGGAGUAGUGACAGGAGUAGGUAGAGGUCUUGUUGGAAUGUUCACAAAACCACUUAGUGGUGCUGCAGAUCUAGUUGCUAUGACAGGACAAGGAUUGCUUCAAGGAGCUGGUUGGAGCAAUCUACCUCGGCAAAGAGAUCAAGCGAAGACUGGACAAGGGAAACCACACAGAAGUGCUUUAGUCAAGUUUAGCAAAAUUCAACAUCCCAAUGUCUCUCAAUGCUUACUUGUUCUGGAGGCAACACUUGAAACCAGUUCAUCUCGUUUCAAAGCUGUCACUUUGUUGCUGACUACUCAGAACCUGAUAGUGCUGUCGGCUGAUGGUGAUCAUGUGGAAUCUCAGCUGCUGCUUACCGACAUAAUUCUUCCCGAAAUUGAAGCAGAUCCUACCAUGUUAACCAUCAGCUUCAAAGGAGCACCACCUGCUGUCGACCAAAGAAUGUGGGACUUUGUAAAUGGCUGCCAAUAUGUCGUUAAUACUGGCCCACCAGCCCUUGAAACUUCUGAAGAUGUCAGACCAGCAAGUCCCACUCCACUUUCCUCAACGUUACCAUUAAGUAUGCAAACUGUUGAACAUCAAUCUGCCCCAGAGGUGGAGGACACGAACCCGAACCUCAACCUCUCUCGUUCUUCUUCUGAUGACGGCGGGGUUUCUCUGAGCGCUGUCCAGCCAGCCGAUACAUCGGCUUCUGCCACAGUCAGGCCCCCUACAAUCUUCCAUGUUAAUCCUUUGAUACAAAGGCACUUUAUUAUUCUUUUAAAAGUUGCUCAAAGGCAGAUGCAAAACCAAGGCUUCCAAAUUCUGUGAUAUAUUUUUAAAGGGUUGUUAUCAUUUUUGUAUUAUUAGUAUUUUUAAUAAAUUUGUUAUACAGGGUGUCCUAUGGGCCCCUUUCUUUAUUUUCUUGGUCAUAGGAACUGAGCCGCAUGCACGCGUGUGGGUGGGUUGCCUAACUCGCUUGGGGUCUUUGGGCACCAACUCGCAUGCUGGACAGUUUAACUUUUUUUUUUUUAGUAGGGCACCCUGUAAAGUAUUUAAAGUAUUUA